GCCGCUCCGAGGCACCCUCUGGCAGCCUAAGCGGCGGCGACAGCCUGGGCGGACAGUGUGCCGUGCGCAGGCGCGGAGCUAGACCUCGCUGCAGCCCCCAUCGCCUCGGGGAGUCUCACCCACCGAGUCCACCCGCUGGCCCGUCAGUGCUGUCCCCUCGUUUGCCCUCCCUAGUUCCUCCAGUGCCUGCUCUACGCGCCCGGAUGGCGGAGCUGCGGCCUAGCGGCGCCCCCGGCCCCACCGCGCCCCCGGCCCCUGGCCCAACUGCCCCCCCGGCCUUCGCCUCGCUCUUCCCCCCGGGACUGCACGCCAUCUACGGAGAGUGCCGCCGCCUUUACCCUGACCAGCCGAACCCGCUCCAGGUUACCGCUAUCGUGAAGUACUGGUUGGGCGGCCCAGACCCCUUGGACUAUGUUAGCAUGUACAGGAAUGUGGGGAGCCCUUCUGCCAACAUCCCCGAGCACUGGCACUAUGUCAGCUUUGGCCUGAGUGAUCUCUAUGGCGACAACAGAGUCCAUGAGUUUACAGGAACAGAUGGACCUAGUGGUUUUGGCUUUGAGUUGACCUUCCGUCUGAAGAGAGAAACUGGGGAGUCUGCCCCACCAACAUGGCCUGCAGAGUUAAUGCAGGGCUUGGCGCGAUAUGUGUUCCAGUCAGAGAACACCUUCUGCAGUGGGGACCAUGUGUCCUGGCACAGCCCUUUGGAUAACAGUGAGUCAAGAAUUCAGCACAUGCUGCUGACAGAGGACCCACAGAUGCAGCCCGUGCAGACACCCUUUGGGGUAGUUACCUUCCUCCAGAUUGUUGGUGUCUGCACUGAGGAGCUACACUCAGCCCAGCAGUGGAACGGGCAGGGCAUCCUGGAGCUGCUGCGGACAGUACCUGUCGCUGGAGGCCCCUGGCUGAUAACUGACAUGCGGAGGGGAGAGACCAUAUUUGAGAUCGAUCCACACCUGCAAGAGAGAGUUGACAAAGGCAUUGAGACAGACGGCUCCAACCUGAGUGGUGUCAGUGCCAAAUGUGCCUGGGACGACCUGAGCCGGCCCCCCGAGGAUGACGAGGACAGCCGGAGCAUCUGCGUCGGCACACAGCCCCGGCGGCUCUCUGGCAAAGACACAGAGCAGAUCCGGGAGACCUUGAGGAGAGGACUCGAGAUCAACAGCAAACCUGUCCUUCCACCAAUCAACCCUCAGCGGCAGAACGGCCUCGCCCACGACCGGGCCCCGAGCCGUAAAGACAGCCUGGAAAGUGACAGCUCCACGGCCAUCAUUCCCCAUGAGCUCAUUCGCACACGGCAGCUCGAGAGUGUACAUCUGAAAUUCAACCAGGAGUCCGGAGCCCUCAUUCCUCUCUGCCUAAGGGGCAGGCUCCUGCAUGGACGGCACUUUACAUAUAAAAGUAUCACAGGGGACAUGGCCAUCACGUUUGUCUCCACGGGAGUAGAAGGCGCCUUUGCCACAGAGGAGCAUCCUUACGCGGCUCAUGGACCCUGGUUACAAAUUCUGUUGACCGAAGAGUUUGUAGAGAAAAUGUUGGAGGAUUUAGAAGAUUUGACUUCUCCAGAGGAAUUCAAACUUCCCAAAGAGUACAGCUGGCCUGAAAAGAAGCUGAAGGUCUCCAUCCUGCCUGACGUGGUAUUUGACAGUCCGCUACACUAGCCUGGGCUGGGCCCUGCAGGGGCCAGCAGGGAGCUCAGCUGCUCCCCAGUGACUUCCAGUUAACAGUUGUGUCCACGAGAUCCCCACAAAUAAAAGGACAAGUGUGAGGAAGACUGCGCAGCACCACCCCAUAGCCCAGUGGGGUGCAAUGCACAGGCCACGGGCCCUCAUCUCACCUCCAGUUCAGGGGCUGCACCCCCUCACCCCCCAUGGCUAAGCCCUGCAACCCAUCAGGCCAGUAAGCGGGCAAAUGCAGACCCUCCCUGACUGCUGCCUAAACAGAUUCUGGUUUGAGGUUUGACUCUGGACCCUGGCCGUGCCCCUAGGUGGAGACAGGCCUCAUUCUCACCUACCCCCUGCCGCACAGCAGGAGGUGGGCAGAAGGCCCAGGUGCAGAGCAGAGCAUGUGGAUGCACCGCCCAGCUCAGCUCUGGAAGCCUUUGCUACUCAAGCUCCUCUGGCCAUGGAACAAUUCCUCUGAUCGCGUUUGGUUUUCUUCUUCCUUAUUUUAUUUUGCAGAAACCGGAUGGUAUUUUAUUGCUCUGCAAAGAUGUCCAGAAGCCAUGUAUAUAAUGUUUUUUAAACAGAACUUUAUUCCCCGUUGAACUUUCCCAUUCUCUGACAGAGGCCUAGGGCUGUAUCUCUCCCCGGACUGCCACCAGAGAAGGUGCUUGGUGUUCGCCUGCCAGCCCCAGAGCCCUGGAGGAGCCCGCUGCAAAGACAGGCUUUUCUCCUCAGCUGGGCCUGGCAGAGCCUGGGGCAGGGGGAGAGUGGAGACACCAACUUGUGCAGCUUUGAGCCUAGUUUAGCUGGGGCCAGGGAGGGGUGCUACUGUUUUCCAAGUGAAUGGGUCUCAAAGACUUGGUGACCCCAGCCUCAUCUUCUAGGCCUUUUCCACCCAACCAGGCCUGCCAGGGAGAGGAUGAGGUUCAGCAUGUCACAUACCAUCCCCACUGCCACUCAGGGCUUGGGUCUCCAGCUCUGUAACCAGUCCUGUCUCAUUUCCCCAGUCCCUGGGCCUACCAGUCUCAGGCUGUAGGACUGGCUUACUAAAACUGAAAACUCUGCCUC